CGCCGGCCCUGGGGGCGGCGCCCGGGGCCGCGCCCCCGCCCGGCGGCGCGGGAGCUGAAGGGGGAGCGGCCGGCGGCCCGACGCGGGUCCCGGUGGCCCGGGUGGCCCCGAGGAGGUUCCGGAUCCUCUUCACGUGCAGGAUCUGCGAGCGCCGAAACGAGAACCUGAUCUCCCGCGUCGCGUACGGGCACGGCAUCGUCAUCGUGACCUGCCCUGGGUGCACCAACAGGCACCUCAUCUCCGACAAGACGGGGCUGCUGCAGCGCAGCCGCUGGGACGUGGAGAUGCUGGCGGGCGAGAACGUCACGCGCCUCGGCGGCAGCGGCCUGCUGCAGGUGCAGACGGGGGACCGCCCCCCCGCGCCGCAGGCUCCGCCCGACGGCCGCGGGCUCGACACGCCCGGCCUGCUCGUGCGGCGCAGGGGGGGCGUCGUGGAGGCGGUGCUGGAGAGCGGCGUGAGCACGACCUGGCCCUGGAGUUCCUCGCACCCGACGACGACUAGGGCCGGAGGCUGCCCGCACGGGCCCCCCUCGGCGGCCGGUGGGCGCCGCGCGGCGCCGACCCUCCCGCGGCCCCCGGACGGGCUGGCCCGGAGGCGGCCCGCGCGUUCCCGCGGGGGCCGCUGCCAUGCAGCCCGGCGCCGCGCCGGCGAGGGGCGCGCGCCUGCCGGGGCCGCGCCCGUCGCGGCGCGGUGCUGAGUGCCCCCAGUUUUCCUCAACGCCCAGUGGGCUGCGGAGCGUGUGCCGGCGGCGCGCACGAGGGCUGGCUGGCGAGGGGGAGAGGCGGCUUCUCUGAA